GCAUGGAAACUAAGGGAACUGUGUUAUAGAGGACACCUCUGCACAAUCAGGAGUGCUUUCCAAAUGGAUCCUGGGGCAUGAUUUGGUGCCAUGUAACUGGUGUCAGAGCUGCUGGGUCAAUUUUGUAUCCUCCCUCACAUCAGAGGAGAUGACUCUUGCCCUCCGGUGAGGUCCAGUUUGCACCAGCCAGCAAUGCAAAAAGCAAAAAGAAGCAGAAUCUACAGUUGAACAGAGAACAGACUCAAUGGGCUAUGAGAAUAUAGAUGCGUUUGAAGGCGUCUACACAUCCCACUCUAAGACAGAAUCAUGAAUAAACUGGCAGACAAGCAGGACCAGAGGAUACCAUGAAGAGAAGUUUACAGGUCCUCUAUUGCCAACUGUUUCGUGUUCUACUGAUCUUGGCACUGACAGAAGAGCUGGUGUUUGCUGUUCAGAUACUGCCCCCGAGUGUAUCAUCGUCUCAGGGCCUCCUGACAGACACUACCACCAUCACAGCCAUGGGGAUAACACCUCAACACAAAGGCCAUAGCACGAUAGGACCUGUUCCCACAACGACUCAUUCAAGUCUUCACUCAGCUCGCUCAAUGGAGACACCUGCCCCUACCGUUGACCAGAAGCAAGCAACCAGCAGCCAUCACAUUGGCAAAAUGGAAACAUAUCAUUUAUACAACCAGAGUGCUUUGUAUUCAGGACAGACUCGCCCGAAGGGGAAAAUAUUUCAGAUUUUCAAAGGCAACUUCACAGACUCUACAGAGCCUUACCUAAAGACAGCACUGCACUCUCCCUUUCCUACUUUGAGGCGCCCAUUCACUAACCACCCAUUUCAGCCCCAGAUUGCAGCCUCCAAUGAUCCCAAUAGUACUGGGCCAGCAACUACGACAGACUCAAGCUCUUCUCUUCACAGCAACACCUUGGAAGGCCUUAAAAAAGCAGAGCGGGUAAAUGGAACAUGGCUAGUUAUGCAGAGAGCAGAUCUUACCACUCCAACAGCUGGCCCAUCGACUGAUCCCAAAACAGGGUCGGUGCCUUUUAAACCCACACACUAUGAUAUAUGGGAUAUCCUGAGCAAAAAUAACUCUUGGGUAACCUUGAGUCCAGGUACAAAUGUACCUUUGUUUGCCAACCCUGGAACUGCAACAGCAGCGGGUCAUUCAGUUCAGACCAGCUUUGAUGUCAACAUUUCAUCACCUACAAUGGGAGACCCUAAAGGAACCGCCAUGACACCACACACCAUGGUGAAUAAUGCUACUUUAUCCAACAGGGCUCUCUCCACAGCAUCCACCACAAGGUUGGCCAGCUCCAUUUCAACAGCUGGUUCCACAGCAACGGGAAACUUUCUAAACAGACUGGUGCCUGCUGGAACCUGGAAGCCUGGCAUGCCCGGGAAUAUUUCCCAUGUCACUGAGGGGGAUAAACCCCAGCACAGAGCAACCAUUUGUCUCACCAAGGUGGACAUUGCCUGGAUCAUUCUGGCUAUCAGUGUACCUAUAUCUUCAUGUUCAGUUCUGCUGACAGUCUGCUGCAUGAGGAGGAAGAAAAAGACAUCUAACCCAGAAAACAACCUGAGCUAUUGGAACAAUGCUAUCACCAUGGAUUACUUCAACAGGCAUGCUGUAGAGUUACCAAGAGAGAUCCAGUCUCUUGAAACUUCAGAGGACCAUCUGUCUGAGCCACGCUCCCCAGCCAAUGGUGAUUACAGAGACAGCGGGAUGGUCCUUGUUAACCCAUUCUGUCAAGAAACACUAUUUGUAGGACAUGAGCAAGUGUCUGAAAUAUGACCCCGCACCUGCUCUUGCAUUGCAGUUCCAUCUUUAGUGUCUCCAAAUUAUAAAUAAAUAUAUAUAUUAUAAAUAUAAUCUUUGUGUAACCCUGAAUUAUGAGAAAUGUUUUCAGCU